CGGAAGGGGAGCACCGCUGAGUUUCAUCUGAGUUUUCACCACAGCUGUAGAACCAUCUACAACAUCGUUUCUGUCCAUCGAGACCUAUCCCGAGGCGAUGGGGAACGAGGCCAGCAUGGAAGGGGAGGGACAGGCGGGACAGCCCGGCCCCGCCGUCCCUGCAGCAGGGGCUCCGGCUUCCAUUUCAGCACCACCGGACUCUGGACAGCUCAUCAAGCCCAGCAAUGGAGCGCCAGCCGGAGGAAGUGGGGCUGGACCCGGGCCGGGGAUUAACAGGCCACCUCCAUCAGACUCAGGACCUAAAGCAGGCGGCCAGAUUGGUCAUGGGACAGGUGACAGGUUGGCUUCCCAUGACACCCCACAGCAUGCUGCGCCUCAUGGAGAGCAGGGCCAGGGCCAUGUGGCCAGGAAGAGUCUGCAGGUGGACGUCGGUAGUAGCAGAACUGGGAGGUCCCCUUCUGCAUCCCCAGACCGAGGCAGUGUCCCCACCUCCCCCUACUCUGUGCCUCAAAUAGCACCCAUGCCCAGCAGCAAACUGUGCCCCGUCUGCAAAACCACCGACUUGAUGGGCACUGGGGAUGACAAGCCGAACAUCAACACCUGCACGCAGUGCCGCUCCAUGGUGUGCAACCAGUGUGGCUUCAACCCAAACCCUCACCUAACAGAGGUCCAAGAGUGGUUAUGUCUAAACUGUCAAAUGCAGAGAGCACUGGGGAUGGAUAUGACCACACCACGUUCCAAGAGUCAGCAACAGAUUCACUCUCCUUCUCAUGCAACCAAUCCAGACCCUAAACCUAACGCUUCAGCUCAGCCCGCACCUCAGACACAUACACCUCCUCAGACGCAGCCUCCAUUGCAGGCCCAUCCAGUGCCUGGCCCUACCAAACAGACUGGUCCAGCUGGCGCAGGUCAGCAGCAAGCAAGGCUCCCUCCAGGGGCAGUCCCUCUCCCUGGGAUGGCCAAGGCCCCAUCCCAGCCUGAUUUAUCCCGUAGCUCACCCGCCCACCAACCCCAGCACCCCCGCCAGGACCAGACACGCAGUGCAGGAAGCUCCCCUUCACGACAGCCCCCACCUCCAGAGCAAACCUUCGGGAAGUUGUUUGGCUUUGGUGCGUCUCUUCUCAAUCAAGCAAGCACUCUGAUAUCAGAGACUACUCAACCCCAACAGCAGCCCCCUAAACCAGCCCCCAAACCAGGAGGACCUCCUGGUCCAGGACCUGGGGCAGGUAAACCCUCAGGACCUCAGUCUGCGCAACAAGGGCCUCGACCCCCUUCUCAGCAGCAGCAGCAGCAUGCUCCCCCGGACUCCUCUAAGGCCAAAGCCUCUUGUCCCCUCUGUAAAACAAAUCUCAAUAUAGGCAACACAGCAGAACAACCCAACUACAACACCUGCACACAAUGCCGCUCCCAAGUGUGCAACAUGUGUGGAUUCAAUCCCACUCCACACAUAGUCGAGAAGAAAGAAUGGUUAUGCUUGAACUGCCAGACACAGCGGGCCCUGUCAGGAAGCUUGGGAGAUAUUCCGGCUCCUGUUCCACAGCCCAUGGCAUCCCCCCGGUCACCUGUUCCAGCCAAUCAACAACCACCUCAACAGAAAGGGCCCAAUCAACUAUCAGGGCCCAGGGCCACAGGUCCUCAACAACAACAGAAACCAGCGGGUCCCCAAGUAAGUGGCCCUCUCUCUAAUGUGAAACAGGCUGGGCCUACCUCUGAAACCAAAGGUUCUGCCCAACUUAAGAGUUCAACCCAGCCACCUUCCCAAGCUAAGGGUCCAACACAACCCACGGCUCAGAGUAAGGGACCUGGUCAGGUUAAAGGUCCUACUCAGUCACACGCUCAAAGUAAGGUCCCUGCUCAGCCAGCUAACCAGACGAAGGGCCCGAGCCAGGCCAAAGGGCUGACUCAGACAAAGGUAUCUGCUCAGCCCUCUGCUCAGACUAAGGGCCCUUCUGGUGCCAAGACUUCAUCUACCCCUGGUAAAGCUGCACCCAGCAAUGCCAAGGCUUCUUCCACCCCUUCAAAAACCAUACCUACUCAGUCUAAACCCACAGGUAACAACCAGGCCCGCAAACAGCCGCAAAGCCAGGAGAAGACUAAAGUUGCAUCUAAAUCUCUAAAAGAAGACGUCAAAGCCUCAACAAAGAAGGCAUUGUCAGAGACUGUCACUUCUCCAAAAGACACGAAGAUAGCUGAAGAUGUGCAGAAGUCAAGACACCAUGAAGAUUCCAACAAAUCAAGUUCUCAGAGUUUAAGUGACACUGGAUACUCUUCAGAUGGCAUCUCCAGUUCUCAUGGGGAAAUUACUGGUCAGAUUCGGGAAGAAGGAAUCAAGCUCAGUGAAAGAGGUGCUUCCAUCCCCUCAGAAAUCACUAAGCUGGAGAGCUCCAUGAAACCUCUGUUGGAGUCAAAGAGUGCUUCAGAUCAGAAGCACAGGCCACAUUCACUGUCUGUAGGACAGGACAUCAGUCCCGAUGAUGAUGCAGCAAGAGAUGAAUCAGAAGAUGACCUCAGUUGUAAGCUUCGACAUGAUUACGUGGAGGACAGCAGUGAAAGUGGUCUCUCACCAUUGCCAGUAAGACAGAAGAAGUCACAUAAAGAUUUAACAGAUGAAGAAUACAUGAGGAGGCAAAUUAUGGAGAUGAGUGCUGAUGAAGAAGAUUUAGAAGAUUAUGGAAAUCAGAAAGUAAAAAAGUCACAUAAAACAAGUGGAGACUUAAACAAAGAGAGGCGACGACUCUCUCAUCAUUCUAAUAGUUUUGAGGAUGACGCCAAGGUUUCAGAAGGGGCUUAUAAAGCAAAUGAAGAAGAAGACGUUGUAAUCGCUGGAGGCCUUCGCCGCUUUAAAACCAUUGAGCUAAAUAACACCAACAGCUACAAUCGAGACAUGGAGCUCAGUACUGAGCAUGACCUACGAGAACCAGAGCUAGAGAUGGAAAGUCUGACUGGGUCUCCAGAGGAGCGGUCUAAGGGAGAGUAUUCAUCAACUCUGCCUGCCACCACCCCCAGCUACACCUCUGGAACAUCCCCCACAUCUGUGUCAUCCAUGGAGGAUGACAGUGACAGCAGCCCUAGCCGUAGGGCGCGACUAGAGGAGGCCAAGCAGCAGAGAAAGGCUCGCCAUCGUUCCCAUGGGCCCCUGCUGCCAACCAUUGAGGACUCAUCUGAGGAGGAUGAGCUUAGAGAGGAGGAAGAACUACUUAGAGAACAGGAGCAAAUGAGAGAUUUAGAGCAACAGAGGAUCAGAAGUACUGCCCGAAAAACAAAAAGGGAUAAAGAAGAGCUACGAGCCCAAAGACGCAGAGAAAGGUCCAAAACUCCUCCAAGUAAUCUCUCUCCUAUCGAGGAUGCAUCACCAACAGAGGAGCUGAGGCAGGCUGCUGAGAUGGAGGAACUUCACAGAUCAUCGUGUUCAGAGUACUCACCUUCUAUGGACUCUGAGGCAGAAGGCUUUGAGAUAAUUGGUGGAAAGCUUUACAAAUCAGGAAAUGAAUAUAACCUUCCAACCUUUACUUCUCUCUACUCUCCAACAGAAAAGACAGCAGUUUUACCGUCUGAUAAAACACUGAAAAGUGCAGAGGAAGUGUACGAGGAGAUGAUGAAGAAAGCACAGCUCAUGCAGAGGCAGGGACAAGCUGUUAAUCAGCAGAAAAGUACCUCUCAGUCUGAUGAUAAGCAUCAUCUUGAAGCUGGAACUGCACUCACCCCUGGCUCAAGCCCAACACAGGUUACUGCACCUAUGUCCUUCUCUACAACAGGCAGUGAUCCAAGAAUUCCAGGUAUUCAUGCAGCACAGCAUCUAUCAAAAGAAACACAAAACAGGAUGAUGACACAGAGUGCCAAAAUUGAAGGUGUUGUUGGAGUUGCCACAACAAAAGCUGCGAGUCAUACUGUCACAAAUCGCCAGACAGGUGGCCCGGUACCUGCUGGCACCAAGGUAGGCUCCCAGAGGCCAACACAGGCACCAUCUGACCCUGGAACAACCUCCCUGACCUCCAGAGUCUUUUCCCUUUUCAAAGGGCCUAGCCCCCCAGUCUCUCCCACUGCUUCUCCAGUACAAAGUCCAACUCAUGCCCCAUCUGUGCGAUCCACUAGUAGUGGUGGCAGGCAACUGCCAUCUCUGCCUGGUGGUCCUACAUCAGCUGCAGCAUCCCAUGGGGCUCAGGCACCUCAAAGAGCAGUUUCGCCACGUCUCAUACGACAGCAGUCCUCCCAAGAUUCACCGGUGAUGGUGAUAACUCUCGGUUCUGAAACAACUAGUCCUGCCAAGCCACUUACUGUAAAUUCUUCCACUUCGCCUUUGUCAUCUCCAACACAAGCAAGUUGUAAAACACUGUACAGCUCGCAUCCCUCUUCAACAAGUUCGCCAACAUCACCUCAAAAACACCCAUCACAACAGUCCCUGAAACAUUCUUCUCAGAUGGCUCAGAAUGUUGAAAAAGUUAAUGUUGGUAUAAGUGCUGGAUCUGUGGAGAUAUCUCUAGGUAAAAUUUCAAAUAUUCAAGGCACUUCAAAGGUUGUAGGUCAGGGUGAAACACUUCCUGGCACUAAUGUUGUGGAUUUGAGGGCCCCAAUGAGGCCAGCUCCAAUUAUAAUGACAGACCAGGGAAUGGACCUAACAUCCCUUGCCUCUGACACAAGACGAUACUCUUUAGGAGCAGAGCAGCCAGCUGGUAGACACACAGCAGUGCAACCUCUUAUCAUGAACCUGAAUGCACAAGAGCAACCACACGUAUCUGUAUCAACACCAACCACAGUGAGUGUCACAGUCGCAGGUUCAACAUUCAUAUCCCAACCAAAGCAGCCUGUCGUGUAUGGAGAUCCCUUACAAAACCGUGUGGAUCUUGGGCAAGGUGUCGGAUCAGCUGUCUGUUUAACCCAAGUAAGCCACCAAUCACAGACCCAUCUAUUCCCAAAAUCGAUGCCUCAGCAAUCCUCUUUUGCUCGCUAUAAUUUGGCUAAUCAAGUCCAGCCACUGCUGAUAAAAAAAGACCUUGUAGUGAACCAGACAAGCAGUGCCCAGCCUGGAGUGACUGCUAGUGCCAUACCUAGAGUCUCCCCACUGGCUCCACCAUCAGCUUCUGGGGCUCCUGCUUCUAAUGUUCCCCACGAAUUGUACGGUGGAGUUGCCUUAGAACUAAAAAAUAAGCCAACAGUAAUGAACCUAUCCACAGGUAAGCCCCAUGUGAUGAUGGUGCACCUUGAUGAGAGUAAUCCAUCACAAAGUGGCACAGUGACUCAACUGAUAAAGCGAGAGGAACCUCCUCCCCCUCCUCAGGUCUUGGAUCUUACUGGACAGAUCAAACCAGAAAACCAGGUGGCUUGCUGUGAUGUUGUUUACAAAUUGCCCUUUGGUGGUUCCUGUUCAGGGUCACUCACUCAGAAGUCUACCACACCAUCCAUGUCGGAUACUAAUCUGCCUUCCAUGACCGAUGCUAGCCACUACCAGAGUAAUCUCCAGGGUGGUAUGGCAGUAGAUCUUAGCAGUAUAAAUCAGGUUUAUGAAGGUGGAUACCUUGGCAUGGGAGCACAGUAUGGUUCCUACACAGACUUGCGUCACCAAGGAGAUCUUGGAGGCCCUUCGUUACCCCUUCGCCGAUACGGUUCCAUGUCAAAUAUCAGUUCAGACUAUGCCUACAGUUCACGUGACCUAACAGUAUCACAGGACUCCAAUUUGGCUCAGUAUAGUGCGACCACUGCCAGGGAGAUCAGUCGCAUGUGUGCAGCUCUUAACACAGUGGAUCAGUAUGGGAACCGGUAUGGAACUAACGCAGAAUUACCAUAUGGGGCAGGAAGGGGUGGACCUUUAGCAAGGUUAAAUCUCCAGCAAAGCUUAGCAUCAAUAAGGGCAAAUUUACUCUAUGGACCAGAUGGAAGACCAACAGCAAAUGGCCAAACCCUAACAAAUCUAAUAAAUGCUAGACAAGCUAGUAUACGCGCCUUGUACCCUGCUGCUUUGAGGGGAGGUGAUGGCAUGAUAUAUUCUACCAUAAAUACUCCCAUUGCCUCUACCUUGCCAAUUACUACACAGCCUGCCUCUGUCCUGCGCCCCAUGCCGAGAGGAAUUUACAGACCGUACCCUACAGGUGUGACUGCUGUGCCAUUGGCUAGUCUUACAAGGUUGCCUCAGUUGACUCCCAGGAUGCCUUUGUCCACGCAGGGAGCAUAUUCAUACCCUCCUCCAAACCAAUAUCAAACUUCUGCCACACCAUCAGGAAGCAUGCCCAUGGUAAGCAGCUCCCACCAAGAAACUCCAAUGUACCUCGGAAAGCCUUUAACAACAGUUGCUCCACAAACAGUUACAACAAUUGCACCAUCACAAACUGCAGUACAAAGUGUUGUUGCCACUGGGAUGUACACAACAGCUGAUCAUCAAAUAGACCACGCUAAGCUCUCAUCACAGAGUAUUACAGCUCUCUCUCAAGCUCAAAGCCAGCCUCCAACUGUCCAGCCAGUGCAGGCACAGCAGUUACCUGCUCAAACUGAGCCUUUAUCCCUCACUCAAACCCAAACUCAAGCACAACCUGUCAGUCAGCCUCAACAGUUAGUUUUGCCGCAAAGUCAGUCGCAAGCACCACCACAUGGUUCUGCACAAGCACCAAGCUCCAAACUUUCUCCACCCACAGAUGCUCAGAAAGGUAAGGAAGAUGAGAGACUGAGUCAGCAACAAGAGCACAUGCUGCAGUUAGAACGAGAACGGGUUGAACUAGAAAAAUUACGACAGUUACGUCUGCAAGAGGAGCUCGAAAGAGAUCGUAUGGAGCUUCAGCGUCACAGAGAAAAAGAACAGCUCCUGGUUCAGCGUGAGAUCCAAGAGUUGCAGACGAUCAAACAGCAAGUCCUACAGCAGCAGCAAGCUGAGCGCGAAACGCAGCUCAUUAUGCAAAGGGAACAACUAGCUCAACAGAGAAUGCAGCUUGAGCAAAUCCAGUCAUUGCAGCAGCAGCUCCAGCAGCAGUUGGAGGAGCAGAAAAGGCAAAAGACGGCAGCAGUGGAGGCAGCAGCGGCAGCUGCGGCGGCUGAAGCUGCCGCUGCAUCUGCUGCAGCCGCAGCAGCAGCAACAUCUGCCCAAGGUGCUAUGCAAGGGGUUGUUGUUGGAGGAGGUCCCCCUCAAGGGUUUAUUAUUUCUCGACCUAUUCAUAGUUCAGCCUCUGAAAUGUCUUUAAAAAGCAGUGACAAACAGGUUGAUUCUAAGAUUAUGAAAAAGCAGAAUUCCAUGCCUCGGCUGAGGGAUGGCUCAGAGGAGGACUCUGUGAAAAGGAUUACAGACAGCUGUGUGCAAACAGAUGAUGAAGAUGGAGAGGAAAGAUUCAUGAACAGGCGCAGGAGAACUCGACGAAUUGCAGACUGCAGUGUACAGACUGAUGAGGAGGACCAGGCAGAAUGGGACCAGCAGCCCGUAAGGCGCAGGCGAUCACGUGCAUCCAAGCACUCUGAAUCUAGUGGUGAGGCUAAAUCUGAAGGAUCAUCUAAAGUGGUUUCUGCAAGCAUAGCUAUUCAGACCACAAAUGAUUCAUCAUGCCAAACAGAACCUGACCAACUAGGCAGGGUUUCACCUGCAAUCCACAUUACAGUGGCAGAAACCUCAAAGGUUGACCUAUUACAUUACAUUGCGGCUCCUGAAAGAACGCACAAAGGAGAGAGUCUGGCCUGCCAGACAGAACCAGAGUCUCAUUCCCAGGGAGUGGUCGUCCCUCAGCUAAGUGUGCCCACAACUAUCAGCCCCUACUCAACAAGUCUGCAUAUAGUAGGUGCAAACACAUCUGACCCAAUCUCCCCUAGACUCCAAGGAGUUGUUAAGUUUGAGAGAAGGAAACCAGACCCCCUGGAAAUUGGCUAUCAGCAGCAACAGAAUGAGUCUCAUUCUCGCCAGCCCCCCAAAUCUCCCCAAGUGCUAUACUCCCCUGUAUCUCCACUGUCUCCUCAUCGCAUGCUAGAGACAACAUUUGCCUCACAGGAGAAGCUUAACAAGGCCCACGUAACGCCCCAGCAAAAGGCCUUCACCGCCGAGUCACCCCAACGCCACCAGACCCUGCCAAGACCCAUAAAAAGUGUGCAGCGUUCGAUGUCGGAUCCAAAGCCUCUCAGUCCUACAUCAGAGGACCCUGUCAAGACCAGGUUCUCCCCAUAUCACCAACAAGCUGUGUCCAACAGUCAGAUGGCCUCCCUGCAGCAGCAGCAGAACUCUCUGAUGAGGAAAGUAAAGAGGACUCUCCCCAGCCCCCCUCCAGAGGAGACUCCACUUCCCAUUGUUACUCCAGCACAAAUGUACAGCUCUCCUGGCAUGCACCAGAGGGUCCUUCCAAGACCCGCCCAGGGUGUCACCAAGGCUGGCCUUCUGAGCGAACUAAAAGCUGUGGAACAAGAGUCAUCGAAGCUUCGUAAGCAGCAGGCUGAACUGGAGGAAGAAGAAAAAGAGAUUGACGCCAAGCUACGCUAUUUGGAGCUAGGCAUUACGCAACGAAAGGAGACUAUGGUGAAGGAGAGAGAGAGGAGAGAAUUGGCCUACCUGCGAUGUAUGGGUGAUGCCCGAGACUACAUGUCAGACAGCGAGCUCAAUAACCUUAGGAUGGCAGCUGCAACUGGAACCUUUGAUGCUAAUGGUUUGUUGACAAGGCCCAGCACCGCCCCACUGAGUCAGUUUACGAAUGAUCUCACUGCAACUUCCCAGUAUCCCUCAACUUCAUCUUAUAUGUCUUAUCCAUACCCUCAAACAUCUACACAGCAACCAGGCUCCACUUACCAACAGAUAGGUUUCCAGCCUCCUCAGUACCCUUCAUCCUCUGCACCCCAGCCUGGAACAUUCCAGCCACAUCCCCCACCAGGCCCUGGAUAUCAGAACCAGGGAACUUAUUCCUCACGCAUGUAUGGCCAGUCCUCUUAUCAGACAGACAUGGGCAUGCAACAGCAUGGUCACCAGGGCUUCCAUUCACCUGCUCAACCUAUGCCAGGACAGAGCCUUCCUUAUCCCACUCACAGUUCCUACCAGCCUGGCCUCUCCUAUCAGCCCCAGGCUGAGAUCCUCACCGUCCAUCAAAGACCAAGGCAAACAUCUUUGGCUGACCUUGAACAAAAGCUUCCCACCAAUUAUGAGGUCAUCAGCAACCCUGCAGUAUCAGUGGCUACAUCAGCUCCAGAUAGCAACUAUGGUUCAGCUUAUGGCAACGCAUAUGGACAAUACCGCCCACCUGAGCCAGGCUUGACUCAUCCUGUGGAGAGCCCCACAUCUGCUUAUGCUACAGAUGGUCUCUACACUUCUAACCUAGAGCAGAGUAUUCCUAGGAACUAUGUCAUGAUCGAUGACAUCAGCGAGCUGACAAAAGACAGUGGGCAACCCACAGAUGCUCUGGGUCAUCCAGUCGGAGGGCGGUAUCGCAGUGAGAAUGGCCCCGCUCGAGGAAGUGCAUAUAGCAGGCCAGAUGAUGAGCCCGUGGACGCUUAUGGCAAACCUAUAAGUUCCACAGGUUACCAGACCACAGUGGACAGUCGCACUGGCACCACAGUGAGUGGAGGCUCUUCCUAUUACUAUGAUGAUUAUAAACACUCAUCACGCAGCAGCUCUAACAGCCACAAAUUAACUUCCAAGAAUCUUGCCCCUGCCGUAGUCUCCUCUAAACGUAGUAAACACAGGAAGCAGGGAAUGGAGCAGAAAAUUUCUAAAUUCUCCCCUAUUGAAGAAGCACGGGAUGUGGAGUCUGACCUUGCCUCUUACACAAUGACAACAUCAACAGGGGGUUCCUGUACAGUGGUGUCCAGAUCCAAGAAACUUCAGGAUGAUGCCACCUACGGGAUGAAGAAAAGUGCAUACGACCAGCAGAAAUAUUAUGGCACCAGUCGUGAAGGUCUUGAGGAAGAGGACCGCAUGUAUAGCUCUGGUAGGUCCAGGUCUACAGGAUAUGGUAUGGACAAGAUUUCUUCCAGAGAUGCCACAGGGCACCGGAGUAAAUCGUAUGAAAGAGAUGCUAUGGAGCGAUCUCAGAGAAGCAGCCGCAGUGGAAGGCCUCCUAUGCGCCAGAAUUCAGAAGAGGAGAGCCCGCUCAGUCCGGUUGGAAAGCCUGUCGGCAUGGGAAGAAGCUCUGGCAUAUCAGAAGCCCAUGAUGUGAGAAACCAGUACGGCUCCAGCCAUUCACUUCCAGAUGUACAGGACCAUCAUAAGAAGGACCUGCCCAGGAGUCAUGUCUAUAAACCAGAUGACCCUUAUCUUGUAGAUGACAUGCAUUGUGCUGUUUCUGACAGUGAAGCCUAUCAUUUGGGUCAAGAGGAGACUGACUGGUUUGAGAAACCACGGGAGGCCCGUUCUGAUCGCUCAAGACAUCAUGGAAGUGGGAGUCACUCGUCCACAGGCAGACGUAGUAAACAUACUUACCAUGAUUACGACGAGCCUCCAGAGGAAUACGGUCCACAGGAUGAGUACAACCAACGCCACUCAUCCUCCACACCACGGGACCACCGUCACCACAGCAGCACCCCUGGCAGACACAGCUCUUCCCGCCACACCACAGAAGACUCCAGGUCCUCUCGGUCUUCCAGGACACACCCCAAAGACCCAUCUGGCCGUUCUGAUGGCCGGAGCUCUUCAUCUUUACAAAGAAGGACCGGUGCAGACUCCCGUUCUGCCCAGGGAAGCCCUCGGAACUCAGGAGACUUCUCUCGUGACUCCGGUCAUCACCAUGGCACUGCAGGAAGGAGUCAGAGGGGACAAGGAGAUCGCUCAACAUCCCGGAGACAGGAUCCCACUGCAACAGGGCCUAAACCACAGCAACAGCAGCCCUCUCAGGGCCAUUCUGGACAGCAGCGGUCAGGUGGGCAGGAACAGUCGGGGAGACAUCCAGGCUCUGAGCCACUUGAUGGUACCCAACAUGCUCAGCAGCAGCACCAUCAGCAGAAUGCACAGCAGCAGCAGCAACAACAGCAACAACAGCAACAACAGCAGCAGCAGCAGCAGCAGCAACCGCUACAGCAAGGCCAAAUACAAAGCAGCCAGCCUAUACCAACAAGUGCAGGGGCUGGACCAGCACAGCAGCAGCCAAAAGCUGGCCAAGCUCCAGCACAGGGACGACAGCCUGGAGUAGGGUCGGCAGCAGGGCAACCUCCUGCAGCGGCAAAAAUGGAAGCCACACCUGCAGCAGCUGCCACAGGAAUGAAACCUACAACAGGAAUCCCAAUAGCACCUCAGCCUACCAAAAUAGCCACGCCACCUCUAACAGGCAUUGGCUCCAAGGCUGCUCCUGUUGGGAUCGGUAGCAAACCGGGAGGUAUAGGCAGCGCUGCAGCAGGCCAGGCACCUGCUGAAGGGGAAAAUGUUCUCACCAAAAUCCUGCAAGGAGGAGCUGCAGAGCAAGCAGGAAAACUGGGAGAUGCUUUGUCCGGCCUUGGGAAGAAGUUCACUUCAUUCUGGUGAACUGAAGAGAGGAGGGGUUUGCAGAGUGGAAAUAAGUUGGAUUGGUAGCUUUGUACUGGAAAAACCUAUGAAACUGCUUUAAUACAUUUCACUUUUUCGAGGACAGGGAGGAAUGCUGAAUGCAUCAAGGUGGAAUCAAAGGAUGCCUUGUCAGCACUCAAUUCCCCAGACAUGAGCGCACGACUGAAGUGGAUUAAAUAAGGGCGAUCCCUUCGUCAGCACGGUGUUACGAGACCUGAGCAGAGGGCUGAAAGUAAGUGGAGGCUUAUACAGAACUACGGUCCCAGAAUGAUGAUUGCGAAGACAUCUGAGGCCUC